GACUGUGCUGUCUUUACGACAGUUAUUUAGUUUAUAAUAUUUUCGCUUAGUAAUUCAUUCAAUAGUAUUUUCUAGUUAGAAUUAGAAGUGUUUAAAGUGUAUUCAUUGCAUGUAAAAUAUAUCGGCAUGCGAUGACGUCACAUCCGGUUUCGCUGCGUCUUGUGGGAAAACACCGGUUUGAAAUUAGCGCGAGGGUGGGGGCUUUCCACGAGGCUCACCUGAGCACAAGCAGUUUUGCAGGCAUGAGAAAUCACAGUGAGAGCAACGCUUUUUCACCAUAUGUUAAUGUGAAGAGUGAACAGUAAAUGGUUAAUCUUACUGCGAUCUGGUUCUUAUUAACUGUGGUUUAUCCGGACGUUAAAUUCGGCGUUUCGUUACACCCGAAGGAGAACGUGACAGUGAAAAAGCGGCAUUAUCAGGUGUUUCAAGUGCUGCAAUGUCAGCUCAAUCCAGCAUCAAGUCGACGCCGCCCAGCGACAAGGGCAGUAAACCGACAUCAAGUAAGCCCACCCAGGCGUUAUCAGGUGUUCCAAGUGCUGCAAUGUCAGCUCGAUCCGGGAUCAAGUCGAUGGCGCCCAGCGACAAGGGCAGUAGAACGACAUCAAGUAAGUCCACACAGGCAAGAGCCAAGGCAGAAGCCGCCAAGGUGCGACUGCAUUACGCCAAACAAGAGGCAGUUUUGAAAAUGAAACUGGCCACCAAAGAGGCCGAAAGGGCCGCCAGACAAAGAGAAGAGGCUGCCAGAGAAAAAGAAAAGGCUGCCAGAGAAGCCGAAAUCCAGAAAGAAAGGGCCGCCAGAGAAGCCGAAAUCCAGAAAGAAAGGGCCGCCAGAGAAGCCGAAAUCCAGAAAGAAAGGGCCGCCAGAGAAGCCGAAAUCCAGAAAGAAAGGGCCGCCAGAGAAGCCGAAAUCCAGAAGGAAAAGGCCGCCAGACAAAGGAAAGCGGCCGCCCGAGAAGCCGAAAUCCAGUUGGAAAUGGCAAAAAUAUCGACAGAGUUGCAAGUGCUGCAGCUAGAAAGAGAAGAAGCUGCUGCCAUGGCGGAAGCAAAGUACAUAGAAGAAGCUGAAGGGUCGCGUGAUCUGACCGCAGCAAGAUCUACUUUAGAAAGGACCAGACUGGAACGCACAAGCGACUAUGUACAAUCUCAAAUAGACAGGCAGGCUCGUCUCCCCUCUCCAUACGUAUUCGAUAACUUCCCCAGCUACGAGGAACCUCAGAGAGUCACGAUUGCAUCACAUCCAUACGAGGAAGGAAAUUUACCCUCACGGCUCCGUGAUGAAGUCAAGAAUGAAAGAACCGACAACGCUCCUUCACCCCCACAACAGGACGGCGGGGAGGGAGAGGUUCACUCCAGGACAACAAUUGUCAGCUCGAACUGUACAGAAGUUUGCGGUCAAACUCAGUCAAGCCGUUCUUGUUCCGAGAUCUGCCUCACUGAGGUGUACCCUAAAGAAGCACAACAAGACAUUACCAAGCGUAAAGUAACCGACGAGACGCUAGGUCAGUCAGUUUUCGUUCAAACCGAGCACGGAAACAAACUUGCACAAUCAGCUCAAGAUACCAUUUCUUUAAAACCCAAAGACACCAAGGUCUUCAGAGAUGAAGCAAAUAAUGGGGUUGCCCCAUUGCCAAUCAGAGAACCACGCCAGCGCUCACCAGAUAACAAAGAGCAGGCAGUCAAACGGUUCACGUCCUUACGGAAAACCCAGAAAAGGAAACCUGAGAUGCAGCAACACACCCGAUUGGCCCACGAGGUACUGUGCACCCUAAUGGCAGAGGUCACAGCCAUUAUAAACGCACAAUCAUUCCUACCUGUGUCUUCUGACCCAGAAAACCCCUUUAUACUUUCGCCAUCAACGCUCCUUACGCAGAAGGCAGGAGCACCUCCUCCACCAGGAGACUUUUCAGACAAGGAUUUGUACACAAAGCAAUGGAGACAAGUCCAGGCUCUGGCAAAUCAGUUCUGGCCUCGCUGGAGACAAAAAUAUCUACCUUUGUUGCAACAGAGACAAAAGUGGACAGAACCCCGAAGGAAUCUUCAAGUUGGAGACUUAGUCCUGCUCAGGGACAAGCAAGUCGCUCGCAACAGCUGGCCAACGGCCAGAAUCACUGCUACAUUCCCUAGCGGGGAUGGACAUGUCAGGAAGAUCGAAUUGAAGACUACCGACCAAGGCGAUGUGAAAAUUUACCAAGGGCCAGUUACAGAAGUUAUUCUACUUCUACCCAAUGACUGAUUAAGAGACUAAGUUUUGUACUCUGCUCAUUGUGACCUUACGAAGGUCAAGCGGGGAGUGUGCUGUCUUUACGACAGUUAUUUAGUUUAUAAUAUUUUCGCUUAGUAAUUCAUUCAAUAGUAUUUUCUAGUUAGAAUUAGAAGUGUUUAAAGUGUAUUCAUUGCAUGUAAAAUAUAUCGGCAUGCGAUGACGUCACAUCCGGUUUCGCUGCGUCUUGUGGGAAAACACCGGUUUGAAAUUAGCGCGAGGGUGGGGGCUUUCCACGAGGCUCACCUGAGCACAAGCAGUUUUGCAGGCAUGAGAAAUCACAGUGAGAGCAACGCUGUAAGUUAAUAGAUAAUCGAUAUAUUGAACUAAGAUAUUAAUGCUGAUCCUGUUAGAGGUAACGACGGUAGAUAAUGUUUAUGCUUUCGUUAGUUAAAGAGUCGCGGAUAGUUUGCAUGGAAGUGUAUUUAAAGUAGUCAAUGGAGCAGGUAAACUCUCCCUGUAUACUGCACCUUAGUGUAAUGUAGUUAUAGUCACCUUUGCAAGUAUUUACACUUGAAAUGUGAUAUUAAGGAAGGAACAAAUACUGUAUCAAUCUUGUAUUGUUUUAUCAACAGUUUUCACCAUAUGUUAAUGUGAAGAGUGAACAGUAAAUGGUUAAUCUUACUGCGAUCUGGUUCUUAUUAACUGUGGUUUAUCCGGACGUUAAAUUCGGC